GCAAUAUACAGGAAAUCGAAGAAUUAAUAAGAAAUGGAGUAGAUGUUAAUAUCAAAAAUAGUUACGGUGCUACACCUUUAUAUUUUGCGGCGCUAAAAAAUCAAUCUAAUGUAGUUGAGUUGCUGAUAAGAAAUGGUGCUGAUGUCAAUGCUAAAGUUAGUCAAUUCGGCGAUAGCCCGCUUUAUAUAGCUUCUUUUGAAGGUCAUGAGCGUGUCGCUGAAAUAUUAAUCGAAAACGGUGCAGAUGUAAACAUUAGAAAAAACAGCGGAUCUGCACCAAUUCAUGGAGCUGCUCAGGAAGGCCAUGAGCGAAUUGUGGAUUUGUUGCUUAAAAAGGGGACUAAUGUUAACAGUCUAAAUAACGAAGGAUCGACGCCUUUGCUUAUGGCUUCGUACAAAGGUCAAUCUGAUGUAGUUGAACUGUUGAUAAGAAAUGGUGCUGAUAUUAAUUUAAAAAAUAUCCCCGAAGAAAGUGCAAUUUACUUGGCCACAUUAAAAGAUCAUGACCGUGUCGUUGAAAUAUUAAUCGAAAAAGGUGCAGAUGUGAACAUUAGAAGAAAGGACGGCUUUGCACCAAUACAUGCAGCUGCUAUGGAAG